AGCAUGGGGAAAUCACCAGCAUAAAAUCCUGUCCAUGUCCCGCCACGGCAACACGGAGCUCAGGAAUCCCGGCAGUGCCUUCCUCGGCCCUGGUGCUGGUGGCAUCCUCACCCUCCCCUCCAGCUGUACCGAUGUCGGGCAUCAUGGAGCCACCAGCCAUGCUGGAGGGUGGGAGUGCUGCAGAGAAGAGGAGAUCCAUGUGUCUGCGGGUGGCUUUUCGUGCUCUCGUUCUUGUGUUGAUUCUCAUCUCAGCCCUGGUUCCCAUCGUCUUCUGUUUGCUCCAUCACCAGCAGGCACCGGGGUCAUGCUGGGCACAUGGAUCUUUGAACGAGUCUUCUUUACAAGACCCAUAUGUGUUGAUCUGGAACUGGGAAUUACGGCACUGCAAGGGGAUUGUGCAGGGCCAAGGGCAGUACCUCAUCAUCCAGCAGACUGGCAAAUACUUCAUCUAUGCUCAGCUCUACCGCAAGGAGACCCUCAAGGAGCCUUUCACAAUGAUGCUUUACAAAAACAAAAUAAUCCCCCUCAACAACGCUGUGGGGCCUGAGAAUGGCACAGUCAACUUUGCCAGGCCCUUUCUCCUGCAGAAGGGAGACAGACUGCACUGUAAGAAAAACGACAAGAAGAAAUACAGCCUGCUGGAGAAUCAGACUUACUGGGGCCUGUUUAAAAUGUAGCAGGACUGCUCCGAGCCAGCUCCUCCCUUAUUUCCUCCAGGAAACCUUAGGUCGUGGAUGAAGAAUCUGGAAUGUCUCUUUGGGUGAAAUUCAGCUGGCUGGAAUACGUGCCACAGUAAGCUGGUGUCCUGCAGUGACAGUGAACAGCAAACUUUGGUGGUGAUGGAUGGCUGCUGAUGGACACAAAGCAUGAGCAGAAGAUGGAGGAAGAAAACCCCUUGAUGAGUUGUGGGGUUGACUCUGAGAUCCUGGAAAAACAAGUCCCUAUACUCAGCCUGUUCUGAGCUGGGGAGGAGCUCUACUCUGCAGCUGGCUGCAUUUCAGAGCUGGGUCCCUUGGUCAGUCCCCCGGGUCCCACCAACAAGAGGUGCUACAUAAAGAUAUUUUAUAUCCUUCCCGCACAACCUGCCAGUGAAGCAACCUGUCCACAGCAGAGGGACAAAAUUAUUCAGAAACAGCACAAGAAAAGCUCCUCAGCCCCCUCCACGGCCUUGCCACUAGCAAGGGAAGCACACCAGGGAAGCUCCGUCUCCAUGGGCAGGUCAGAGCACUGGGAGCUUCCCAGGGAAGCACAAGCACAUCCAAGGCAGCUCCAUGGCACGGCGCAGACAGCCCAGCACAGGAGAGAUCCACAGGGAGCCUGGGAUGCAGCCCAGGGGGAUGGAUCACUGCUGGCUGGGCAGCACAAAGCUGCUGAGUGUCACAGAGGAUGUGGAGGAGAGCUAAUGGUGGAGGAGAGUGAGCACAGAGGGGAGACAAGAGGAUAGAGGCUCGGAGAACUGUUCCCAGAAUUUUCUUUGCUGUGCUGUGUAGUGGGCAGGGCAGGGCAGACACGGUCCUGCCAUGAAAUGGGGAAGGGUUGAGCAUCCCCCCUUCCCACAGACACAGCUGUGCCAUGCAGCACAAAGCACUGCCAGCAGCACAGCAGGGAAGCGUGAGCGGGGAGGGAAGUAGGGCACCCCUGCCCUGCUCGCUGCAGGCUCUCUCUGCUGUGCCCACACAAAUGGUCACCUGCAGAUCACAGCACACCUCAGAACCUCAGCAAAGGCCAGGUGCUCUCAGAAGAGCAGGGGGCUGUGGCUGCAGGACAGCCCAGCUGCCUCACAGCCUUUUCCCUCCUCUCCCUUGCCUGGGCAGGCUCUCCCAGGGGCUCUGGCUUUGGCUUUCCUGCCCCCCAGACCUUCAUGGGUGACUACUCCCACCACUAGUCUCACCACCAUGGAUUUUCAUGGGAAGCAAAGCAACUGAGAAGUUGGAUGGAAAGAAAUGAUUACUUGGGGUGGACUGAGGCAGUUAGGAGUGCUAUUUGCUCUUAUAAUUUUAUAUUCUAUGUAUUGUAACUUCAGAGAAUGUAAAGUCAAGUUUUUGCAGCUGUGUCUGCAGUCCUGUGUUCAGUUUCAUACAAGACAUUACCAAUUAAAAUUAUACUUUGGUUCUUA